AUGGCCGUUUCAACUCCCGAAGACUUUGACGUGCUCAAAUCGAAAGGAAACGCUUGCUUUAACGAAUGCUUAUACUCUCAAGCCCUUUCUUUCUAUUCUGAUGCGUUGAAGCUUAAGAACGAUCCAAUUAUACUAUGCAACCGAGCUCUUGUACAUUUGAAGUGCGAAAAUUUUGGUUCAGCUCUUUCAGAUAGCUCUGCUGCAAUUGCACUCAAUCCUCAAAAUACAAAGGCAUAUUAUAGACGUGGUAUGGCGUAUUUCGCUCUUACUAAAUUCACUCUGGCGGGUCGUGAUUUCAAGAAAUCCAUUCUUUUAAGUCCAACAAAUCAUGCUGCACGGUCAAGAUUUGAAGAAUGCAAGAAGAAUAUUAAGAGAUUAAAAUUUGAAGCAGCCAUAUCCAAUGUGAACAUCAGGGCUUCAGAAAGGCUGAACAUAGACGACUUCUUCGUUGGUGAAUCGUAUGAUGGACCAUGCUUAGACCACGAUGGUAAAAUCACCGAGAGCUUCAUAGAGAGCAUGGUAGUUCAUUUCAAGAACGGCAAACAAAUUCACAAACGGUUCGUAGCCCAAAUUCUUCUUCGGGUCAAAAAGAUUUUUGAAGAGCUACCAAAUAUUUGUGAAGUUUCUAUUCCGAACGGAUCUACUUUUACAAUAUGCGGUGAUAUUCAUGGACAGUUCUUCGACUUAUGCAAUAUUUUUGAAAUAAAUGGGAAACCAACUCACGACAACACAUACUUAUUCAACGGAGAUUUCGUUGACAGAGGAUCAUUUUCCUGUGAAGUUAUUUUGACACUUUUUGCGUAUAAAUGUCUUCUCCCGAAGCAUUUUCACCUUCUUCGAGGCAACCAUGAAACAAACGCCAUGAAUGCUCUCUAUGGUUUUCAAGGAGAACUCACACAAAAAUAUGGAAAGAGCUUCACAUCUAUUUUUGAUGAAGUUUUUUGUACCUUACCACUGGGCUGCGUUCUCUCAGAGCAAAUUUUCAUAAUGCAUGGUGGUUUAUUUUCAGAUUCGGAAAUAACUAUUCAGCGAUUAAAUGCUAUGGAUAGAUUCAAGGAGCCAUCAGAUAAUGGUGUUUUUUCUGAAAUCCUAUGGAGUGAUCCUUGUGAUUCUUGUGGUAAGUUCCCAAACAAACGCGGAGUCGGAAUUGCAUUUGGUCCUGAUAUAACGAAGAAUUUCCUAAAUAAAAACGGUCUUAAGUUAGUAAUUAGAAGCCAUGAAGUUAAAGAUCAGGGUUACGAAAUUCAGCACGGCAACAAUUUGAUCACAGUUUUCAGUGCACCAAAUUAUUGUGACCAGAUGGGGAAUAAAGUAUUACUUUUGCGCUUUCCGUGUGGAGCUUUCAUCAGACUAAAAAGUGACAUGAUACCAGAAUUUAUUACAUUCGACGCUGUUUCUCAUCCAAAUAUUCCGGCUAUGUUCUAUGCUAAUCCUUACACUAAAAUAUUAUAG